UUACUUCUUUUCCUCCCACCCAAAAAAAUAAAAAAAUCUACUAGUAUAAAUUAUUAAUUAACCUACAAAAUGCUAUGAUUAUAAUUCUACAUCAAAAAGCUACCUCCUUUUUUUCAUUUCUUAUUUACAUAAAAAAGAAAAAGAAAAAUCAUGAGCAUCAUAUUCAAAGAAGCCAUCUUUCUUAUUAUUUGGACAAACCAAAGAAAAAAAUUGAGUCUUGAGAGAGAAACUAGAGAGAGAAACUAGAGAGAGAAAGUAAGAAAAUGGGAAGAGGAAGAGUAGAAUUGAAGAGGAUAGAAAACAAGAUCAAUAGACAAGUAACCUUUGCAAAGAGAAGAAAUGGGCUUUUGAAGAAAGCUUAUGAACUUUCUGUACUUUGUGAUGCUGAAGUUGCUCUCAUCAUCUUCUCCAAUAGAGGAAAAUUGUAUGAAUUUUGCAGUAGCCCUAGCAGUAUGCUGAAAACUCUAGAGAAGUAUCAAAAGAGCAACUAUGGAGCCCCUGAUCACAACACUGUCUCUUCUAGGGAGGCCCUGGAAAUAAGUAGUCAGCAGGAGUAUCUAAAGCUUAAAGCACGUUAUGAAACCCUGCAGCGCCAACAUAGGAAUCUCCAUGGAGAGGAUCUGGGUCCUUUAAGCAGCAAGGAUCUUGAGGCUCUUGAAAGGCAGCUUGAUAUGUCACUGAAGCAGAUCAGAGCAAUGAGGACUCAAUUCAUGGUGGAUCAACUUACUGAACUUCAAAAGCAGGAUCAUAUGCUUAAUGAAGCAAAUAGGAAUCUUAAGCAAAGGGUAGGUUAUAUUUUGCCGUUGAUUGAAGCAAGUCAAGCAAACUCUCUUCAAUGGAAUAUGCAAGAUGUUGGUUAUGAUAGACAACCUGCCCCACCUCAUGAUGAUGCCUUCUUUCACCCUCUAGAAUGCGAACCAACUCUGCACAUUGGUUACCAGCCUGAUCCAGUAGCUGCGGCUGCAGCAGCUGCAGCGGCCGCAGUAGGAGCGGGAGGAGCUAGUUGUGUCAACAAUUUCUUGCCAAAUUGGUUACCAUGAACAUCAAUAUCCACGAAUUUGGCUAAUGUAAUCUGAUCUGAUAUGGCAUGUUCUACUCAUUAUGUGUGUGUUUUGUGAGUGAGAAUUGAGAACCCAGAAUAUUUGCUGUUAUAUUUUUGCAGUUUGCAUAAACUUUGUCUGUAACAGGAACAAUUGCUAGCAACAUUGCCUUCUUAACUGAAGCUUUUGUAUAUCAUUAAUAUGUAUAAGUAUUGUUGUAACAGAUUUUA